AUGAUCAACAAGUUACGCUUGUCACUGCAUGAACCUUCUUUUCCUUUUCGUAUAGGAGAUCGAGUUCAAGUGAAUUCAUUGUUUGGCAUCAUUCGUUUUAUUGGACCAACAAAAUUUAAGGCUGGUACUUGGGUUGGUAUCGAACUAGACACAGUAGGACUAGGUAAGAAUGAUGGAUCAGUAGAUGGUAAACGUUAUUUUAUUUGUCCUCCCAAGACUGGACUUUUUAUUCUAGCUAUCAAAUUAGUCAAACAACAACCAGUGCCACCACCACUACCUUUGCAUCAACAUCAAUGGAUUGAGAAAAUAGAGGCUCUGGAAGCUGAAAAUAGACAACUCAAGAAAGAACAUCAAUCACAAUUAGCAUUAAAAGAUAAACACAUUCAACAUCUCGAAAAUAGUAUAGUGGAUAUUAAAAAAGCAAGUAUAGAUAGUAUAGAAAUACUAGAAGGCAUGGUACAAGUCAACUAUCAAAAAGUACAACAACUAGAGUAUGCUCUUCAAAUAGAAAAGCAAAAGUUACACGCAUCCGUAGCCGAGAAAGAUGAUUUACAGAAAUCAGUGUUAGAAGCCAUUGGGUCUUAUGAAAUAUCCCUAAAUACAAUUGAAAAUAAGCGAAAAGAACAACAAGAAAGACACCAUCAAGAAAUCAAAAUAUUACUUCAAGAUAUUCAUGUGCUUGAAACUGCCUUGCAAUCCAAACUCGAUAAAGAGACAGAUUUAAUGCAUUCACUCAGAACAGCACGGCAACAAAGCUUAAAAUUGAACUCUGAAUUAAAGAAAUAUACACACCAUAUCAAAAUCAACACCUCUUUAGAUAAUCGAUGGUCAACAUUUAUACCAAGAGAUCGAUUGUUGGAUACACCUAUUGAAGAGGAAGAAGACGAAGAAGAACAAACGGAGGAAGAUGACUGUAUUCUAUGCGGGAACAAAGGACACCAUUUAAUUCAUUGUCAUCUCUUGAAUUCCAAUAUAAUACAACAGGCUUUAUUUUAA